AUGGCAAAUGAUAAUGAACCCAGUACAUACGAAGAAGCAUUGGAACGUUAUAUCGAAUAUCGCACACGUUUUGAACGCUUAGAAAAUGAAUUCGAUGAAUACCAACAAUCGUCAUUGAACUACGAGCAAGAAUUAGAAGUCCAAUUGAAGCAAUUAGAUAGUCAAACGCAUCGUUUACAGCAAGAAUUAUUCGUCGAACGUACGCAAAAUGAACAAUAUCGAGAACGAAAUGAACAAACAAUCAAACAGUUCGAUAAACGCUUCGAUCAAUUACAAGAAGAAUUGAAUGCUUGUAAAAAUCUCAAUGAAAAACUAACAACUUAUAUCAGGGAAUUAGAACAAACUAAUGACGAUCUAGAACGAAGUAAACGAACAUUACUAGAUAGUUUGUCAACAUUUGAAACGCAACUUAAUCGUGCAUUAGAACAAAAUGCUUUGCUCGAAAACGAACUUGACGAAAAACAACAACUGACAGAAACGGUGCAAAGACUACGUGAUGAAACACGAGAUUUGCGUGAAGAACUUGAUGUUCUACACAAAACCAAUACAGAAAGAACUCUCAAUUCAACGAAUGCAGCUUUGAAAGGCACACCAGUUGUAAAUAGUAGUCGAAUGAAAAGUAUCUUAUCCGAAGCGGCAGCUUCCGGUGCAACACCAAUACAUAAUUCAGUGCAAAGACAAGGUUUAACCAACGGUCACUACAAAGUCCCAUCGUCUUUACAUGGUCAUAUGAAUGGUAUCUCGACUCCUUCAACACCGAAACCUCCUUCUCUGUCAUCUGCAACUGAUUUUACUCGUAUCGUUAUUCCUGGUUCUCCAUCUUCCACCACUGAACAGCAACUACCAACAAACAUCAACAGUCCAACUAGUUAUUCGGCCACGCUGCCAAAUGAUUUUACUCAACCAUUAUCUGUGCCAACACGAUUACAAUCAUUAAAUUUAAUUAACGAAGCAUUUCGACGUUUUAGUGCUAUUGAAGCAACAUUGGCUGCUCAACGUAAACAGUCUCAAAUGACAACAUCGUCGAUGAACUCUCACCGCUUAAGAUUGAAUUCCACUACAAACAACUCAACGACGAAACAAGCGCAACCUAAUGAAUCAACUGUGGCUCAAGCCCAAUCUUAA